AUGGACGGCCCACCCAUCCCGCACCUGAAACUGCUCCACGCAUACCCUGACGCUCUCCCGACAAUCCAAAUCGACCGCGGCGCCAUCCGCUUCGUGCUCUCGGGCGCGGCGCUCAUGGCGCCUGGGUUAACGAGUGCCGGGGGUAGAUUGCCUGAUGUCGAGAAUGGGGAGAAGGAGAUCCCUGCGGGUGAGGUCGUGGCGGUGAAGGCGGAGGGGAAGGAGUUUGUUUGUCUGGUCGGGGUGUUGAAGGUGGGUACGGAGGAGAUUAAGAAGGUCGGGAAGGGUGUGGUGCUUGAUGAGGGGCAUUAUUUGGGGGAUGGGUUGUGGAGGUAUCAUCUUGAUUGA